CUCAAUUCAGCACUUGUUCUUUUCCGAAUUGGCCAAAACAGGGUGAAGAGUGAGAUAAGACAGAAAAAGACUAGCAGCGGUUUCAGAGUUACAAGAUUUGAUGCACUUUUCUCACCGUUAAGAUCUCUUACUUCCCAAAACACAAGGAUUUGAUAGCCACCCUCAACCGUUUGAUUUGGAGGAAGAACCUCACUUUCACCUGGUCCAAUCUUGAAAAAUGGACCCCACGAAUAGGAUUCCAUUGAAGAACAGAAUCAAUAUUCUUGUUCCACAACUCUGUUCUCCCUUCUUCACCACACACCUUUCACUUUGAGUCAGGCCAAAGCCACUUGGAUUCAUUUACAAAAGAUGAUAAUUUUUUUGUUUCUUUCUCUAGAGUUCUGAAUAGGGUCCUUGUUAUUUGUUCUGUUUUCCUUAUUUAUCUUCUUCUUUCUUUAUUUCUUGGAAUUCUGUGGCUUAUGUUUCAUAAGUCAUAACUAGGUGCACUCUGUUCUUGUUCUGUUCUGUCUCUGAAGUGAAACUAAACUUUCACCCUGCUGGAGAUUUUGUUGUGUGAAUUGGAUAUGGGUUCGGGUACCAAUUUGGUGACUACAAUCAUUGGGUUUGGAUUGAGUGCAACUUUCAUUGUGUUUGUGUGCACCAGAAUAAUUUGUGCAAGACUACGAGAGCGUUUGAGAUCACGGACUAUAUAUGAGAUUGAAUCAAGAAACGAUAUAGAGCAGGCAGCAUAUCAUGACAAUGGGCCUGGACCUGCUUUUAUUGCUGCAAUCCCCACUUUGAAUUUCAAUCAAGAGGCCUUCAGUUCCAUUCAAACAACACAGUGUGUGAUAUGUUUGGGAGAGUACAAAGAAAAAGAAUUACUCCGGAUCAUACCUCAUUGUGGCCACAGUUUUCAUCUUUCUUGCAUUGACAUGUGGCUGAAAAAACAUUCUACAUGCCCGGUUUGCCGAUUGUCAUUGCAGAAUGCUUCUGAAGCAAAACAUGUGAGACCUGUAACAUUUACCAUAACCCAAUCUCUUAAUGAGUCUAAUGCUUCAGAAAGGACCACAGGAAAUGAGAGACAAGUUGAGCCUAAUGCUUGUAACUUGACACAAUUUACUUCUGGAGAACCAGAAGCAAGACAAUGAUUUAGAGGGGCUAAAGGAGUUGUUGUAGUAUAUGUGUCUGUGCCUCAUCUUUUCAUGUAAAGGAAAGCCUAUAAGUGAAAUAGUACUUGUGACACUUUUUGAUUAUUACAUGAAUUUCAUGUGGGUCUCACUAAAAAAUCUGAAUCCACUUUCUACUUAGUGAGAUGCACAUGAGAUUUAUCCAAUAAUGGGUAUAGUGGAAAGUGAUUUUCAUGAAGUGUCUAGGUGUAGCAAUUAUCAUAAAUCUAGAUAGAUUUAUUUCAAAUUCUUUAUGGUCUUCUCCCUUUGCGGUGCAACACAGGGCGCCUACCUACAAUGCUUUCUGCAUCUCACAUGUAUAUAAUCUCUCCCCCACCCCCUCUUUAUAUAUAUAGGUGAAAACAGUUGAGCUACCUUCCUAACUUGGAUCUUA